CAGAAGUUGCCUUUCAGCCUGGCCAGACGAUGUUUGGUGACACAGCAGAAAGGGGAAGUUGGCAAACAGCUGUUGGAGCAAUCUCCUGCUCACAAACAGCUGUUUGCUCCUUCCCCUGCUGGCUGCCCUGGAGAUGUGUUUGAGAACAGCUGUGGAUUUCUCACAGUGCUCCUGGGAGGGGCAGAAGUGACAAGUACAGAAGUUCCAUUUUGCAGCCUGGAAUUAUCCUGGAAGAGCGUGUGGGAAGUCCAAGAAGGGAGCAUGGACCAGCCCAGUGGAAGGAGUUUCAUGCAAGUUCUGUGUGAGAAAUACAGCCCUGAGAACUUCCCCUACCGCCGUGGGCCUGGCAUGGGGGUGCAUGUUCCAGCAACUCCACAGGGCUCACCUAUGAAAGACCGCCUGAACCUGCCCAGUGUGCUGGUGCUCAACAGCUGUGGCAUCACCUGUGCCGGGGAUGAGAACGAGAUCGCCGCCUUCUGCGCCCACGUCUUUGAGCUCGACCUCUCUGACAACAAACUGGAAGACUGGCACGAGGUCAGUAAAAUUGUGUCCAACGUCCCCCACUUGGAGUUUCUAAACCUGAGUUCCAACCCUCUCAGUUUGUCCGUUUUAGAGAGAAGUUGCGCUGGGUCUUUCGCUGGCGUCCGCAAACUUGUGCUCAACAACAGCAAAGCUUCCUGGGAAACAGUGCACACCAUCCUGCAGGAAUUACCAGACUUGGAGGAGCUCUUCCUGUGCCUUAACGACUACGAAACAGUGUCUUGUUCUCCAGUUUGCUGUCAGUCUCUCAAGCUACUCCACAUAACUGACAAUAAUCUUCAAGACUGGACUGAAAUUCGAAAGUUGGGAAUUAUGUUUCCAUCACUGGACACACUUAUCCUGGCUAACAACAACCUCACGACCAUUGAAGAGUCAGAAGAUUCCCUGGCAAGGCUCUUCCCCAACCUAAGAUCCAUCAAUUUGCACAAGUCAGGUCUGCAUUGCUGGGAAGACAUUGACAAGUUAAAUUCUUUCCCCAAGCUUGAGGAAGUGAAAUUGCUGGGAAUUCCUCUGCUGCAGUCUUACACCACCGAGGAACGCAGGAAGCUGCUAAUAGCCAGGUUGCCAUCCAUCACCAAGCUCAACGGCAGCAUCGUGGCCGACGGGGAGCGGGAGGACUCGGAGCGGUUCUUCAUCCGCUAUUACAUGGAGUUCCCUGAGGAGGAGGUCCCUUUCAGGUAUCAUGAGCUGGUCACCAAGUACGGGAAGCUGGAGCCCUUGGCAGUGGUGGAUCUGCGGCCUCAGAGCAGCGCCAAGGUGGAGGUUCACUUCCAGGACAAGGUGGAGGAGAUGUCCAUCCGCCUCGACCAGACUGUGGCAGAGCUGAAGAAGCACUUAAAAACUGUGGUGCAGCUGUCAACAAGCAACAUGCUGCUCUUCUACUUGGACCAGGAAGCUCCUUUUGGUCCCGAGGAGAUGAAAUACAGCUCGCGGGCGCUGCAUUCCUACGGCAUCCGGGAUGGGGAUAAAAUUUAUGUGGAGCCCAGAAUGAAAUAGCCUUUCUGCCCACACCCACACGCCCCCACACACCCACACACAUGCAUUGAGGAGUUUUUUGCAAGGUUUUUGUUUCGGUUGGUUGGUUGAGGUUUGGUUGUGUUUCUGUAGCAGGUAAUUUCUUAGCCCGGAGGAAGUGCCCUGAUCUGAGAACCAUGCCCACCAUCCACUGCAGGUGACCUUGAGGUGACAAUUGACUUUAGGAUGUGUGUUUCAGUGUGGGCAAUACCUUGAUGUUUCCUUUGAUGCUCCGGUAUACUCGUGAUUUGGCGUGAAUGGUCACUUGUUCAAGCUAAACAAUGCCAGGGUCCAUAAGGGAGGAGACAGCUCGGUGCAGAAUUUGACCUGUUGUUUUCUUUUCCGAAAUUUUUUGGUGUUUUGCUCCACCAGAGCUCCCUUUGGCCUAGCUUUCCAACUGUGGCUCGAGCUUGCUGUAGUAUUUUCUUGCAGCUUGGUGCUGUCUCAACCUUUUGUUGUGCUCGAGUUCACAGGAAAGAUCUCCAUCAGUAUUUUGCUUGAUUCAGAGCUCAGGUACUUUAGUGCAUCCACUUCACUCCACUGGUUUGCUUUCUGUGAGUGCACAAAAUGGGGGAAAGAAAAAGAACUUCCCAGAAAGAAACUUUUCUUUUCAAAGUGCACGCUCUAUAUCCACCUGAUUUUUGGGGGAAAAAAAGAGGUUUGGGCUGCUGUACCCAUCUCACAUGGUGCCUGCAGCCUGUGGGGAUAAAGGGUGUGUUGGAAAGCGAAUUUUGGGAGGUGGUGGAUGAGCGCUGCGUUGGAAGGGCUUUUAGAGCAACAGGCCAACAAGGGGUUAAAGAGCAGCUUCCCCCGUUGGCCAUUGCCCAUCCUGAUGCUGAAGAGAUCCUCCUUGCACUUCACCUUGUGCCAGUGGGUGCUGCAAGUGGAAUGGCUAAAAUUCCUCUCCUGGGAGAGAGGAAGAGUCAAGUUGAAGUUUGUGUUUGUUGCUGUUGCACCAGUUCAAACCUAGCACUUUCCCCGGGGCCCCUGGCCGGGGUCCCUGCCUAGGGUCCGAACUCGGAGGAUGUGUUGGCUGGGAUCAGCCUCUGGAAGUGGAGGAACAGAGCAGCUGGACUCACGCUGGGUGUUCAGCAGGUUUCACUCUCUCUCUCUCUUGGCUUCCCCCUCGUAGGCAUCGCGUGCUGCUGCUUCACGUAGUCCCCGUUUUCUACUGCAGAGCAGAUUCCCCUGCCUGGGCAGUGAAAUCCUCCUUCCUUCCUUCCUUUCUCUCUUGUUUCGCUUUCCUGUGUCUUCCCUGCUCCAAGUUCAAGACUUUCCCAAUUUCCUGGUUCCAAGCAGCUGCAGAGCAGUUUUUGGAGCUGUGCAGCGAGGGCUCUAGUUACACAUGAACUCCUGACCUUCAUUUUGAAACGCUCCCUUUAUCCCCACGUGCACUUUCUGUCCCAGGAUGCUUUUGCCCACAUCACCGAGCUCCUUUGGUAUUCUUGGAGUUGUGUAUUUUCUCUUCACGUUUUACCUGGAUUGUGGGGUGGGAUCAGUGGGGAGGGGAUGAAGUAUUAUUAUCUCAUAGUCUUCAGGUUUAGGAUUUGGGGAUUGUUCAGAGGGGAUUAGUUCCUUAUCCAAAGCGAGGGUUAAAAUGGGAGGAUUUAAAACAAGUUACUAAUUUGUGCCUCAUCCCCCUGCCAAAAAUAGCAAUUUCUUGGCCCCAUUGAGAUGAGCAAUAGGGAAGGGAGUGAAUUUUCCAUAGGUAGCAUAGAUUUUCCUCAGAUCCAUGGUACCUGUAAACUAAACAGCAGGGAGAUAGUGGCAGUAUAGCAUAAAAUGAUGCUUUUAUAAGCUAGAGCUUUACUGAAGAUGUAUUUUCCAUUUGGGCAGCAAAAAUAAUUUGCUGCCUGAUAGCAGAACCCUUAAGCCAACACUUCUGUAUGAUAUAUACAUACCUACCAAUAGGAAAAGUUGUGGUUAAUAAGAUAUUUUGUUAUAAAGCAAAGUUUUAUGAAGAUAUGGUUGUUUAAUAUUAGAAGCCUAUUUCAGCCCUUGACCUCCAGUGUAAGUAGGUUAUCCCUGAGUGGCUGCAGAGUCCGAGGCAAGUGACCUAUGGGGAUGCAAAAGAUUCUCUGACCUAAUUCUCCAGAGCAGUAAUUGCCUCUGUGGGUAUAUUUAUGGCAUUGUACCUGCUAUUAAUGAGAUGUUGUAACUCUUGACCAACUUCCUCAGCACAAUUAAGUGUCUGGGUUUCAGAGAAGGGAAUAAACAAAGGCCGUUAAAGGCUGGAAUGGGAUGAUAAAGAAGAGCCAAGUAUGUGCUUUUAGGUUUGUUUGCCCACUAAAAAUUGGUCUGUCCGUGGAGGGAUCGGUGCUGUCACCAGCUCAGAGCUGGCAGUAAAUCCUGAUUUUAUUUGUGACAGACCUGGUGGGAACUGGAAGAUGGGAAAAGAGAACACAGAAGGUUAACUGGUGCUGGGGAUUUGGUGCUGACACCCAAACCUGCUCCCCUGGUCUGUUCAGGUAUGAAGUCACCACCCUGCCACUUCUCCAGGGGAAGGGUUUUCUCAAGGCAUUCACCUUGUGUGCAGAUAGUGGAGCACUCACGGGGUAGAAACCAGAAACCUUGGUUGGCUUCCCACAGAGAAGAACUCACCCCCAAAACCCAGAGAGAGUUUAUGUGUGCAGAUGAUCAGCUGUGGGACCAAAUGGCACUCAAGGAUGUGGCAAAAUACCCCAAAUCAGCCUUGUGGGGAAGGGUCUUGUGUGUGUGCCACCCAACAGGGGACCUGUCACGUCUUGGUGAGAGAGGAGAAGGUUCUGGCUGGGAGAGGAGGUUUGGGUGCUGAGUGAGGCUGCAGCUGUGGUUUGAUUUAAACCUCUGCCAUGCCAGGAGGGGCCAUAUCCAGGUCUUGCCAGCUUCAGCUAAAGGUCUGUGACAUCCCCUUGAGAAAACAAAAUAGAUUUGCAAGCUUCCCUGGCUUGUGUGUCCUUCUAUCUGAGGGCUGCUUUUGUCGAGAGCUGUUGUGUUGUUCCUGCCAGUUAAUGCAUAAAAAUCUGCCAAGGGCAGCCUGUGCAGCAGGCACAGCCCCUGCUCCACGAGGACUGGGGUGACAGCUCCACACCAAAGUGUCCCACAGCUCUGUGUGCCGGGUUUGCCGCUGUGCUGUUGUGGUUUUGGGUACGUUCCUGUUGAAUAUCCGUGUUUUUGGCCAGAUGUUCCGGGUGGAUCUCCUGAUGGUGUUAUGAGUUAUCAAUAUGCACGGGGUGCUGGCUGUGCUCUGCUCCCUGGCUGGGAUUUGUCACCUCGUUUUUUGGGAGCUGCUGGCAGCUGUGAGCUGUGGUGGUUUGGGGGAAGUGCUGCUGGGGACAGGCUCUCCCUGUGCCCUCUGCUCCUCGGGUCUGGAACCCGACAGAGGCGCCGCAGCGGCUCUGCCUCCUCGCCUGUCAGUGAGAUUCUGUUGAUUCCGUCCAUGUGCAAGAUUUGAGAAUGCAGACGAGGUGCUUAAAGCAACCCAGAGGCUAAAAUGUGUAUUCCUGUGCCUCCCUCCUUUGGAUGUGGCACUUUUGUAGGCAGCAGAAAGACGCCUUCCCCAGAGCAACGUUAGAGGCGCUUCAGCCAUCUCGGGCCUUUGCCUCUGUGAUUGCUUUUCUGCAGUUCCUGGAAACUUUGAAUAUAAUUUAAACACGAAGAUC